AUGAAAAAGUAUACAAACUUAGGAAAAGUCUUGUAUAUGAAUCUAGUUCUAACAUUUCAUUUAUCUUAAUGCUUAGCCUUAGCCAGUCUUUUGCCCUAAAUAGCUGAAUAAAAUAACUACCCUUCUUUAGGUGAACUAGGAUUAAUUUGCAUAUACACUGUAAAUCUAAUUUUCAAUCUGAUUGGUAUUGUUAUAACAUAAUAUGUUAAUAUUAGCUCCUCUUUAUUUGACUAAAAUGAAAUAUAGAUAUGGAUUUGUCUUUCAAGCAGUUUUAGUGUUGCCUUGCUUUAUACCUGCUUUUUAUGUAUCAAGAUGUGAUGGAGACAACGUAGUUGAUUUAAUAUGUAAUCCAUUAAUGUUGAUUCCUCUAACACUCAUAGGAUGCGUGUUUUUAGGAGCUGGAUUAGGUGGAUAUUUUGUUCUCUAAAAUACAUAUGUAAGUGAUUGUACAAGUGAGAAAAAUAAAGAGUUAUAUUUUGGAAUAACUUAUAUGUUACUAGGAUGUGCAUAUUUGCUGAAUGGUGUAACAUCUGAUUAAUUAUUAAAAUAUAUUGGCAGAGAGAGUUUCUUUUUUUAUAGUGGAUUAUUAGAAUGUGGAUUAUCUAUUUUAUUUAUUUUUGUUUAACAACCUGAUAAGAUUUAGAUUUAUGAGGCAGAUUAAAAGAUGAUUCAAAAUGAUUCUUUUGGAAAAUCUGAAGCUUAGAUUGCAAACGUUAAUGAAGAAUUUGCAAAAAUAGGAUUCAAAGAAUAACUUAAAUAGAUCAUAUUGAAAUUUUAAUUGAAGGAAAUGAAAUUUUUAUUUUCUUUAUUUAUUUCUACUGGUGUAGUAAUAGGUUUUGAGUUUGGAAUUUUUCAUAAAUUCAUUUCCUCCUCUCUUCCUGACGAAGAUGAAAUAACAGUGAAUAUGAAAACAGCAAGAAUCUUCCUAUAUGUUGGAGUAGCUUAAAUUUUCAGCGGGGUUUGUAAUGGUUUAUCUAGAUCUUUUGUUGGAAUUAUUCAAAAUUCAAUCUUUUAUGGAAAUGCUUUUUAAUGCAUGAAUAUAAUUGCUAUUCUUAGUGCAUUCCAACAAAAUUACAAUAUCAAUAUAAUUUUAGGCUUAUUAAUGUAUAAUAUAGAAUUAAAUAACUAGAGGAUUUACCGACAAUUCAGGAUAAUUUAAUUCGGCUGUUAUUAUUUCAGAUAUUUGGAAUGAAGAUAUGGCAAUUUUUGGAUUAUAUUUGUUUUGUCAAAAUUUUGGAGUUAUGUUUAUAAAUCUUGUUGCUAUCUUUCUUGACGGAUAAUCUUUAGUCUAUUAUUUAAUAUUGUUGAUUAUUCUUUAAUGUGCUACUAGUUAUUCGUAAUAAUAAUUUAAAAGGUCACAACAAAAGGAAUGA